AUGGAUUUGGAAGGGGCAGGUGAUAGUUUCUGCCCCUCCACCCCUAGCCUAGCACACCUGGGAUGGCUUUGGGGCUUGGGACCAGUAACCUGGCACAUACACCCUUUCUUUUUCCCAGUGCACCGGCUGCUGACCCAUGCCCUGGGCCACACGGCACUACCCAGCCUUCUCCUGAGCCUGUUGCUCCUGCCUGCUCUGAGCUGGCGGCAAGAGUGCCGCCUGGGCACGCUGCGCUUCCUGUACGCCUCCGCCCUGCUCUCCUUGGCUGCCGGGCUGCUGGCUGUGUUGCUAGCAGGCCUGGGGGUGUCCAGGGCAGCCGGAGGCUGUGGAUACAUGCCUGUCCACCUGGCUAUGCUGGCAGGGCAGGGUCACUGCCCCAGACGGCCCCAAGAGACACUGCCACCAUGGCUCUUGCCAUGGCUGCUGCUCGCCCUGACUUCUCUGCUCAGCUCCGAACCACCCUUCCUGCAGCUGCUUUGUGGCCUCCUUGCUGGCCUGGCCUAUGCUGCCGGUGCCUUCCGGUGGCUAGAGAUGUCAGAGCAGCGACUACAGGCACUCCAGGAUGGCAUCUUGUGCAGGACCCUGGCCGGGUGCUGGCCUCUGAAGCUUCUCCCUGCCCCAGACAGCCUGGCUGAGCUGCCACUCACCCAUCCUGUUGGAACCAGGCCUGCAAACCCCAGACCUCCUUCCGUGGCCUCCCCUGGUCUCUGGUCUCAUAGUGACAGCUCAGCCCAGUUCCCACCAGGCCUGGGGCCUACACAGCUGACCUGGGAGGGCUCCUUGGAGGCCGGCCUGGACUGGACCCAGUCUGGAUCCAGCUUUGCCCCAGGAAGCCCACUGUGGGCAGCUCUGGAUGAGCAGAUGUUACAGGAAGGGAUCCGGGCCUCACUCCUUGAUGGACCAACCCAGGGGCCCCAGGGCCCACUGUGUCUGCCCAAGUCCUCCGUCUCUUCUUUACGGCUGCAGCAGCUGGAGCGCAUGGGCUUCCCCACAGAGCAGGCCGUGGUGGCUCUGGCAGCCACAGGCCGCGUGGAGGGUGCUGUGUCACUGCUGGUUGGAGGGCAAGUAGACACUGAGACUUUGGUGACUGAUGGGAGGGUGGGCCCGGGGUCCCUCUAGCCCAGGCGGAGGGUGGGGACACAGACCUGGCUGGAGCUGCUCUGUGGGGUUCAGGACCUGGGGGAGGGGCAGGUGGACCUCCCUCCCCCUCCACCCUCUGCCAGCAUUGCCAUGGUACC